GGAUGUUGCUAUAGACUGCGGAACAGCUGAGCAUAUCAACACAGCACCAAAACAGACGGGCGCUUAAAAAAAAUAAGAUCUGGAAAACAAAAUACAGCUAAAAAGACAACAGCGAGAAAAGGGUCAUUGAACAAUAACACUUCCCGAAAAAUUGUCAGCUACAAACAGUUCAAGUUUAAACGACUGCAUUAAGUUAUAAGAAGAACAAAAAACGCACAAUGGGCCGUAUAUUUUUGGAUCACAUUGGAGGCACUCGGCUCUUCUCAUGUGCCAACUGCGAUACAAUCCUGACCAACCGCUCCGAACUCAUUUCCACACGCUUCACGGGAGCAACAGGCCGUGCUUUCCUCUUCAACAAGGUGGUAAACCUGCAGUACAGUGAUGUGCAGGACCGGGUGAUGCUCACAGGGAGGCACAUGGUGCGUGAUGUCAGCUGUAAGAACUGCAACAGUAAGCUGGGCUGGAUCUAUGAAUUUGCCACGGAGGACAGCCAGCGCUACAAAGAAGGUCGUGUCAUUCUAGAGAGGGCACUAGUAAGAGAAAGUGAGGGAUUUGAAGAACAUGUGCCAUCUGAUGCCUCCUGAAUUGUGUUCUCAUUUAAAUCUCUCUUUAACUCUCUCUCUCUUUCUCUCUGUUACGCUGCUCAUCUCAGUCACUGCCGUGUCCGAACACGAUCUGAACAUCUGAACAACGUAUCCGCUUCUCACGAGCCGGUUCAGCCUUGCUUAGAGACUGUUAAUAAACAACAAAAUGAUUCAGCAGCUUUAUAAAGCAACAAAAAAACAUGCCUGCAAUCCAUCUACAGAUCUGUAAAGCAAAAAACUAAUUCAGCUGCCCCAGAAGUAUGCCUCGGUAAAUAAGCAAACCCAGCCUCUUAAACUAGUAGCCACUCUAAAGAUCAGUAAAGUCAACCAAAAAUCAAAUUUGGCAGCCGUUUAAAGCUUAUCCAGGUACACUUUUGCAGUUUAGGCUUUAUAGAUCUGGAUCUGAGCCAGCUACUAAUGAUUACAGGAAGGUAAAGGUUAUCUUCACAAGCGCCACAGUUGCUAGUUCAGCAGUAUGCAAUGACAGUUUUUGCCAGGAUGCUGAUGUCUGAUUUCAUUUUUUAAGACCACAAAGGGAAGGUAAAGUGUCAACGUUCCCUCGCUAUUUAUACACAUUGUUUUGGAAUUGGUGGGUAAUAAGAACCCUAUGUUCACGAUAAACUCAGUCCAGCACCAUUUUAAUUAUUAUUCCUUUCCUUGUUUUAGUUCAGUGAUGUAUUAUUAUUUUUUUUCACAAGAGACAAUGAUAAAAAAAAAUGUGUUCAUUUGAUCUUAAUAAAGUAAAUGGUCUUGCUCAAGCA